ACAGCUCCCAACUGUUCUUGAGAAAUUUGAAGAACCAAAAUUAAGAAAUGGGUAUUGCUGAUUUUGUUUCAGAUUGGUUAACAGAUAAUCUUGGCUCAAGGAAAAAGAAGAAACGAAAGCCAAACCAGACGGUAGAGAUCAAAGUGAAGAUGGACUGUGAUGGGUGUGAGAGGAGAAUUAAGAAUGCUGUUUCCUCCGUCAAAGGAGUGAAGUCAGUGGAGGUGAACAGAAAGCAAAGCAAAGUAACAGCGGUUGGAUAUGCUGAGCCAAGUAAGGUGUUAAAAAAGGUUCAAAGCACAGGAAAGAAGGCUGAGCUUUGGCCUUAUGUCCCCUACAGUGUGGUUGCUUAUCCUUAUGUUGCUCAGGCGUACGACAAGAAGGCGCCCCCUGGCUACGUCAAGAAGGCGCCCCAAGCCUUCCCCGUCGACGAGGCGCCCGAUCAGAGGUUGACGAUGAUGUUUAGUGAUGAAAAUCCGAAUGCUUGUUCUAUUAUGUAGCAAAAUAAUUAUGUAUGUUUGGAUGAAGAGAAAGGUGGUGAUAGUGAUUAGGUAUGAGUUGGGAUUUAGAUUGUAAUAUAGUCUCUUGAGUAGACGUGUUUUUGUUCAUAUGCUAUUGAUGCUUG